UACUACCUGCUCGAUCCCACGUUCUUUUCCUGAUUCUGUAUACCGCAAAUUUGCGUCCCCACUAAUUGCACACUAAAUUUCGUAUGCUGAUCGAAGACAUGGCUUCACCCGAGAAGAAGGAAACCGUUAUACGAGUUCCCUUAUAAUCCAGAAGAUUACGAUUACCAUUAUUAUCUAGACAUUCCCUAUGGAUACGACGUGGAAACUUCGACUUACAAUUCAGCAUUAGAAACGGCGUACGAUUUCACAUCGUCAAUAUACGAAGAUUCCUACGAAGGAAAGAUGGAGAGAAGAGAUAGCUUGGAGCUGGAAGCUCUGCAUUCACCACGUUCUUUAUACACUACUCCAGAAUCAUCCCCCAUAGGACCGUCACAGAUGGAAAGGCAACUGAGUACGAAAAGCACAAAGAGUUUUAAAAGCACGCCAGGGUUAUUCAAAAUGAUGUCAAUCAGGAAUUUAAAACGGUCCCCUCCUCCAGAACCGCCUUCAAAAAGUAUCCGUGAUACAUACCCGGAAAUUUUCGCAAUGACUUCAGAGGAAUCGCUUGCCGCGUCUUCGAAGCCUUCAAGGCCAUUUUCAGAAGAAACGCUUGCUUCUUCUCUGAAGCUCUCAAGGCCAGUGUCAGAAGAAAUCAAGGUACCAGUGGAAAAGAAGGAGCUUGCAGGUCCACCGGGACCUCCAGGUCCUGGAGGACCAGGUGGACCUGGGGGACCACCAAAGGAGAUCUUCCCAGAGAUGGAUAUGGAAAAUAAUCUAGUAGGAUGGACAGGACAAGAUGAUCCAGCUCAUCCAAGGAAUCUUCCGGAUAAAAAGAAAUGGUUGAUGCUGGCGUCUGUCAGUCUGAUUACAUUCUUGAGUCCUCUAUCUUCAUCGAUUGUAGCACCUGGAAUUACACUCAUGAAUCGAGAGUUUGGUACCACUUCCGAUAUACUAGAUACCUUGUUGUCAGUAUGUCAUUUUGGAUUUGCGGCCGGGCCGCUUGUUCUGUCGCCACUGAGUGAAAUUUAUGGACGUCAACCAAUUCUCAUGUAUUGCAAUUUCUUACUAACGAUAUGGCAACUCGGAUGCGCACUUGCUCCAAACAUCCACCUCCUCAUCCUCUUCCGCUUCUUUGCAGGCUUAGGAGGAUCUGCCUGUCUCGCUAUCGGUGGCGGUGUCGUUGCAGAUUUAUUCCCAAUCCAGCAACGUGGUAAAGCACAAGCUAUGUUCGUCAUGGGACCACUCUUCGGCCCUGUCCUCGGUCCCGUGAUCGGAGGAUUCAUCGCCCAACGUGCGGGAUGGCGCUGGGUGUAUUGGGUCCUCUUGAUUGCUUGUGCCUGUCUUUCCAUCUUCUACGUGAUCGUCGGAAAAGAAACAUCCGCCCCCGUCCUCAUCCGUCGCAAAACCGCCGCUCUCCGCAAGGAAACUGGAAAUGAAGCUCUCAUAUCUGCAUACGAUGCCAAGAAACCACCUGCUGCAUUGAAAAUCAAAGCAGUCCUUCUCACGGGUAUCGCAAGACCCUUCCGCAUGAUGUUUUCCUCUCCCAUCCUGCCCAUGCUUGCUUUGUGGAUGUCUUUCAUCUUUGGACUCAUCUAUCUCCUCCUCACAUCCAUCGCGCAAGUCUUUGAACAGAACUACGGAUUCUCCAUCGAAAUCGCCUCGCUAGCAUAUCUAGGUCUCGGUCUCGGUUUCUUCCUUGGCAUGUUCACAGUUGCCAAAACAUCAGAUCCUACCAUCAUUUCCUUAACCAAGAAAAAUAACGGUGUAUAUCAACCUGAGUUCCGUCUCCGCAACGGUCUCUUCUUUGCUUUUUUCAUCCCCGGUUCCUUCUUCUGGUACGGCUGGUCCUCCUACUACCGCGUCCAUUGGAUCGUUCCAAUUCUCGGCUUGAUACCUUUUGGAUUCGGAACCAUGGGUGUGUUUGCUGGUAUUCAAACGUACUAUAUCGAUACGGGAAAACAAUAUGCAGCAUCUGCCAUGGCUGGUCUCACCGCCAUUCGAUGCUUGUUUGCGGCGUUCUUGCCACUGGCAGGUCGGCCGUUGUAUAAUAAUUUGGGAUUGGGUUGGGGAAAUAGCGUUUUGGGAUUCAUCGGGCUGGCUCUAAUUCCAGCGCCGUUUUUCAUUUAUAAGUAUGGUGCGAAAUUGAGGGAAAGAUAUCCUGUUAGAGUUGAUUAGGUUUAUUACAGGAAAUGGCAUCAUAGCCACGGUUUGUAUAAUUGCUAUAAUUUUUUUUCCCUUUUCUUUCGUUGGAUGUUGGAGUAUGCACGGCGUGUAUGAUGGAUGGUGUUAAUGAUUUGCAUGAAGAGCAAAGAAAAGUAUAUACGAAUGACGGCUCCACAGUACCAAUACCCUCCUUAGAAGUUAGUCAUGUUUGUUAUUACUCGGUUUUUAUAUUGCGGAGUGAAAAGAAAUACUAUAAUAUAGCAAAAUA